GCCGCGGGGCUUCUCGCCUUAGGGACCCACAGCCCGCCAGUGGGCGGGGUCUCGUCCCCAAGAAAUCUCGGCGACGGGAGGGGUCCCCUCGCGGAGAGCUUCCGGAAAGGGGCCGGGCCUGACUUCCGGAGCUUUUCGGACGGAGGCGGAGUCUUCUGCCGAGGGCCGUUCGGAAGAAGGCGGGGCCUACCUCGCAUCAGGACCAGUCUGGCUGCACCUGCAUCCUUCGCUCAGAGCAUCCCUGGAGCAUCUUAGGAGGCGCCCGCAGCUGGCAACCAGGGGCCCGGCCGUCGCAGGAGGCGUCCGCCAGAUACCUACCCCCCCUCCCCUGAGCUAGCGCUCUACCGCGGCGGCCUCGGUGCUGGCCGGGCGUCCCCAGACUUGGCCGACCACUGAAAAAGCAUUUACAGCAAUAGCCUCUGAUUACGACAUGGCUGAGAUCACCAAUAUCCGACCUAGCUUUGAUGUGUCGCCAGUGGUGGCCGGCCUCGUCGGGGCGUCCGUGCUUGUGGUGUGCGUCUCGGUGACCGUCUUCGUGUGGACAUGCUGCCACCAGCGGGCAGAGAAGAAGCACAAGACCCCCCCCUAUAAGUUUAUCCACAUGCUCAAAGGCAUCAGCAUAUACCCAGAGACCCUCAGCAACAAGAAGAAAAUCAUCAAAGUGCGGAGAGACAAAGACGGCCCCGGGAGGGAAGGGGGGCGUGGGAGCGUGCUGGUGGACGCGGCAGAGGCUGGCCUGCUGGGCCGAGACAAAGGCCCCGGGGGCCCCAGCUCUGGAUCUUGUAUGGACCAGCUACCUAUUAAAGUGGACUAUGGGGAAGAACUGAGGAGCCCCGUCGCGAGCCUGACCCCUGGGGAGAGCAAAACCACUUCUCCGUCGUCUCCGGAGGAGGACGUCAUGCUAGGAUCCCUCACCUUCUCGGUGGACUAUAACUUCCCGAAAAAAGCGCUGGUGGUGACAAUCCAGGAGGCUCACGGGCUGCCGGUGAUGGAUGAACAGACCCAGGGCUCCGACCCCUACAUCAAAAUGACCAUCCUUCCCGACAAGCGGCAUCGGGUGAAGACCAGAGUGUUGCGGAAGACCCUGGACCCCGUGUUUGACGAGACCUUCACCUUCUACGGCAUCCCGUACAGCCAGCUGCAAGACCUGGUGCUCCACUUCCUCGUCCUCAGCUUUGACCGCUUCUCCCGGGACGACGUCAUCGGGGAGGUCAUGGUGCCGCUGGCCGGCGUGGACCCCAGCACGGGCAAGGCACAGCUGACCAGGGACAUCACCAAAAGGAACAUCCAGAAGUGCAUUAGCAGAGGGGAGCUCCAGGUGUCUCUGUCAUACCAGCCCGUGGCACAGAGAAUGACGGUGGUGGUCCUCAAAGCCCGACACCUGCCGAAAAUGGACAUCACCGGUCUCUCAGGUAAUCCUUACGUCAAGGUGAACGUCUACUACGGCAGAAAGCGCAUCGCCAAGAAGAAAACCCACGUGAAAAAGUGCACUUUGAACCCAGUCUUCAACGAGUCUUUCGUCUACGACAUCCCCCCUGACCUGCUGCCUGACAUCAGCAUCGAGUUUCUGGUCAUCGACUUCGACCGCACCACCAAGAACGAGGCGGUGGGGAGGCUGAUCCUGGGGGCACACAGCAUCACCACCAGCGGGGCGGAGCACUGGAGGGAGGUGUGCGAGAGCCCCCGCAAGCCCGUGGCCAAGUGGCACAGUCUGAGCGAAUACUAAUCCUGUGCUCCUCGCCUGAGCCCGGGGCCGGGCAGGGCAGGCGGGGAGAUGCCAGGGAGAAGCAGACUUAAAACCUCAUUUUAGUUGUAGAAGAAGAUUUCUUACAAGAUAAACCCCACGAAGAACGCCCCGUGACCACAGCUGCAGAUCAGUUCUUAGUGAUGAUGAUUUUUCUCCUUCGCAAGGCACUAGAAAUUCUUUUUUUGUUUUUUUUUUUUUUAUGGGGAAAAAGAGAGGGAAAGGCCUCGCCAGUCUAUAUAUAACAAUGUAACCUUAUACUUGCAUGUCUAAUACAAACUGAAGAAAUUAGCCUAACUGCCAAUAUCAAGUUACAGAUUUUGAUCCAUGAAAAUCGUGUUUUGUGCCGAAUUGUAUUUGCUGAUUACCUGAAAUUGGCCUCUUUUUACCGGGCUUUGCUGGAGAGGCGCCGUCUCCCCCCCCCCACCUCUGCAGGUGAGACCUCACGGCUUCAUCUUCCCCGUGUUCUCUGACACCCCUGCUCCUUGGCUGAGCCCAAGGUCCAGAGGUCCAGAGUGAGCCAGGAAACAGGCCGGGUGGACGAGGCAGGGUUUGCAGGGGAGAGAGGAUCCGAGGCGUGGGGUCUCUGCGCCAGCGUUCCCGUGGGGAGGGGGCAGGGGCAGUCUGUGAUUAAUUUGUGACAAAGCACACGAACACAGCAGACUCACUAGGUAGAAUUCGGGUUUACGGAACUAGAUGACUGCUCUGGAGGGAGCUUUGAAGACUUCAGAUCUGGCUCUCCGGUGGCACCAGUGGGCUCGUGCGGCCGGUCCCAGACGCUGUUUGUGAGCGUGGGCAGAACGGAGGUGCCCGUCACCACCUUGCAGCUACACCAGCAAGUGACAGCCAUUUGCUGGUUCGAAGGAUGAAACUGACCAUUUUUUUUUUUUCCAGAAAUGCUCACCAUGGAGAAGCUGCAGUCUUCUCAGGUAGCUUAGAGGAGGUUGGCUUUGCUUCAUAAGGAAAAGGGCCUGCGGAAACUAGUCUGUAUCCUUAAAUUUUUCAAUCGCGGCUCUUAAAAACAACGAAGUAAGUAAACGUGAGUUAAGGAGUGAUCGAGGUAACCUGGAAUCUUCUAUAACAUCCCGUCCCUCGUGGUUCUUGGGCUCCAGGGGUCGAGACCAGGUGGAGGGAUGGGAUGGGGGCAGCCCAGGGUGCGAGGGAUUCAACUUCAGGCCUCCUGACUCCGGGCGGGCGGGCCGUGGCUCUGAGGCCAAGGCCUCCCAGAGGGCAGACACCUGGUCCGCUGGCUGCAGGCGAGCGUGCAGGGCCAGCAGGCCUUUCCUCUGGCCUGCGCGGGGGCUCACACGAGCAGCAGCCGGAACCAAGGCCCGAAGGGGCCGCCGAGGCAGGGCCACACCCGACAAGAGCCGUCCUUCCCUCUGGCCUCCGAGGAGGCCGCGUGUCCAGACAGGGCGGCGAUGUUGCCUUUGACGAUCCCCGAGCUCUUGCGGAUUUAAAACCAGUCUGCUCCCCCUGAAUCCCUUUGCUGUUCUUUCUGAAGCCUGGAUUCUUGACAGUGCGGAGCAGUGCCGAGCAGGCCCGGAGCCCACGCCGCCGGCCCCCGCCCUCGUCUGACUCCCCAGCCUGGCGGUGUCCCCACUGGUCUCCAGCCUAUACUCCAUGGAAUGUAAAUACUGUAUCAUACGUAGAAGAAAAUAAUUUUUGUUUUCUAAAAAUGCAUUUUGAGAUAGUUUAAUGUAAAUCGGACAGGAGCGUCCUGAAGCCCCCUUAGGAAAAAACCUGCUUCCUCUUCAUCGCCUUAAUGUCUGAAGAUCAGAAACCGCUGAGCACCCCGCUCGUGUCCUUCCCAGAAACAGUGCAAAGCAACAGGCGAGACAGUCUGGUGUUUGCCCCGCUGAGUGCCUGUAGCCCCUCCUGCGGCCCCCUCUCCCCGUCCUCCCCCCCCCCCCCGCCCCCCGCCUCCAGGCGGCUUUCCUCCCUCAUUCUUCUGGGCUGUUGAGCAGUGGGCGGUGAGGUGACAGGGCGGGGACCGUAGUUCUGGAGCCAGGAGUGGCCUCCGAGGAGGCAGACAGCACAGGGCCCCUCCCUCCUACCUCACGCCUGAUCCAUCAUGCCCUUGGCUUUGCUGUCCCAAAGUUUCCUAGCUGCCUUUGGCUUUCACCCGUGUCCCUCCCAGAGCCACCUGAAAGGGCGGAGGAGUAGUGUCCUCCUCGGAGUCAGUUGAAAGACAAGAGAGUCGCACCCUAGCUUUUGCACAAGGCACUCGUGGUCGGGAACGGGUUAGGGAACGGUCACUUCUGAUUUUCCAAGAGUCAGUCCUUCUCUGCUGAUAAUCUUGAUUCCUUUGGGAAGACAAGAGUUUUUCGUAAUAACAAAAGUCCCUCUAUGAGUUAUUCCUCCGUUCGGUUCUUCUCGGUGGAGCACAGCCACGAGGUACGUGUCCAUGAACAUGCUCUAGAUAUGAAAACAGAGAGAACUGGUUUGUGGGACAGGAGCGGCUUGCUCAGGAGAGGGAACGGUACCCGUCCUUUUUCUUGGAAGGCUCUUAUUAUGGCCACGACCGUGACAUCGCCCUCACCAUGAUCCUUCUCCGAUGUGGUCGUCUUUCUUUACCUUGUGUCUUCUCUUGUAAAAAUGAAACUCAAAAUAAAUGUGUCAAAUUCAAAAAAAAAAAAAAAGAAGAAAAAACGGAAAAAAGCUAACAUGAGUUGUGUGACACUGCAUAAUGCUGUAAUGCUAACCUACAAUGUGUAACGCUAUCUUGUACGUGGACUUUGUUAAUGCACCACACAAGUGCAAAAUAAAGACUGACUCACAUUAAACACGCA